GUUUCACAUUCAUUCAUUAGUAGAACUCAUAAACCAAUCAUUAAAAGCAAGAACAAAAAAAUACAGAGCGGAAAGGUGAAGAAAUUGGAUAAUGUCUGCUUAUGCCUCAUUAAACUCUCUCUUCCUUCUCACCUUCUUCAUUGCAAGCUUGAGAGCUUCUGCACUAUUACAAGACCCAACUUACGUUGGCGAUGUUUGCACUAACAGGAUAUCAAGAAACUCCACUUACUUCUCAAAUCUCCAAACCCUUUUGACCUCUCUUUCUUCUAACAAUGCUUACUUUUCUUUGGGAUCUCAUAGUCUCACAAAGGGUCAAAACUCCGACAUGGUGUUCGGUCUUUACCUCUGCAAAGGAGAUCUCUCGCCCGAAGCUUGCCGUGACUGCGUCAUCUUUGCUACUAAAGACACUCGGAGUCGAUGUCCAGGUGGGAAAGAGUUCUUGAUUCAGUAUGACGAGUGCAUGCUUGGAUACUCAGACAGGAAUAUAUUCAUGGAUACUGUAACCACAACUACAAUAAUCACUUGGAACACUCAGAAUGUUACGGUGGAACAAUCCGACCGGUUCAAUGAUGCAGUGGUUUCUCUGAUGAAAAAGUCUGCAGAGGAAGCGGCUAAUAGUACAAGCAAGAAAUUCGCGGUUGAGAAGUCGGAUUUCAGUUCGUCUCAGUCGCUUUAUGCAUCGGUUCAGUGCAUUCCUGAUCUGACUAGUGAAGAUUGCGUAAGGUGUCUUCAACAAUCCAUCAAAGAAUUAUAUUUCAAUAAAGUCGGAGGAAGAUUUCUUGUCCCGAGUUGUAACUCAAGGUACGAGCUUUACCCUUUCUACAAGGAAACCGUAGAGGGAACUGUUCUUCCUCCGCCUGUUUCGUCUCCUCCACUGCCACCGGUUUUAACUCCUCCAUUUCCGCCUGGAAAAGGCAAAAAUUCCAAAGUGAUAAUCAUAGCAGUUGUUGUGCCGGUGGCUAUAUGUGUUCUUCUUUUUGUGGCUGUUUUUAGUUUCCAUGUAAGAAAGAGAGCGAAGAAGCCUUCUGAUACAGAAGUUGCAAAUGAUGGAGAGGAUGACAUUACAACUGCAGGAUCACUGCAGUUUGAUUUUAAGGUUAUUGAAGCUGCGACAGAUAAGUUUUCGAUGUGUAACAAACUCGGUCAAGGUGGAUUUGGACAAGUUUACAAGGGCAUACUUUCUAAUGGAGUACAAGUUGCCGUGAAGAGACUAUCGAAAACAUCAGGACAAGGUGAAAAAGAGUUCAAGAACGAAGUUGUUGUUGUGGCAAAGCUUCAGCACAGAAAUCUUGUCAAGCUUCUUGGAUUUUGUUUAGAGAGGGAAGAGAAAAUACUUGUCUACGAGUUUGUGUCUAAUAAAAGUCUUGAUUACUUCUUGUUUGAUUCUAGAAUGCAGAGCCAGCUAGAUUGGACUACAAGGUAUAAGAUCAUAGGAGGAAUUGCUAGAGGAAUAUUGUAUCUCCAUCAAGAUUCACGACUCACAAUCAUACAUCGAGACCUAAAAGCGGGUAACAUCCUCUUGGACGCUGAUAUGAACCCAAAAGUUGCAGAUUUUGGAAUGGCGAGGAUUUUCGAAAUGGACCAAACAGAAGCCCAUACGAGAAGAGUAGUCGGAACCUAUGGUUACAUGUCUCCCGAGUAUGCGAUGUAUGGCCAAUUCUCAAUGAAAUCCGAUGUUUAUAGCUUCGGAGUCUUAGUUCUUGAGAUUAUAAGCGGGAAGAAAAACAGCAGCCUCUAUCAGAUGGAUGCUAGUUUCGGAAACUUGGUUACAUAUACUUGGAGGCUAUGGAGUGACGGGUCACCACUAGAGCUCGUGGAUUCGUCCUUUCUAGAGAAUUAUCAAAGAAACGAAGUAAUUAGAUGCAUCCAUAUUGCUUUAUUAUGUGUCCAAGAAGAUACUGAAAAUCGUCCAACCAUGUCAGCGAUCGUACAAAUGCUUUCUACUAGCUCGAUCGCCCUAGAUGUACCUCAACCACCUGGAUUUUUCUUCCGGAGUAAGCAUGAAGAAGCAGGUCCAUCGAUAGAUAAGUCUUCUCUCUGUUGUUCUAUUGAUGCUGCAUCGAUUACUAUUGUAGCUCCUCGUUAAAGACAAACUCGUUUCUUAGACCAUAAAUAAUUGUAAAUUCAAGAUUUAGAUUUUUGUGUUCAUUUUCUAAUCUAGGAAAAUGUUACUAGAUUUGAUUCAAGAUGUUUGUUCUCUUGGGUUGACUCGUGUGUCGAUUUUUGUUUGAGUCAACUGCAAAUUUUUAUC